AUGUCAUGCACGCUUCUCGUCCAACUUGCAGAAUUGCAGACCAAGGCACUACAGCAAGAAGCGCGAAAAUCCUCUUCUAAAACUUUGGCGCUGCCACCAUCCUGUGUCUCUCAAAGCUUUGCGGAUGACCUCGAGUCCCUCUUUUAUGUCUUCAUAUAUAUUUGCAUCAAAUAUGGCGGUCCUAACAGCAAGGAGCACCAGGAGUCCAUACAUGACUCGUUGCCGGAUAGCUGGUCGACCCUCGACCUGGAUGAGUGCAAAUUGAGGAAGGUUUAUUUUUUUGCAGUUUCCUCGAAGGAGGCCCAUCUUGCAAAACAAUUCCACCCAUACUUUGCACCACUUAUCCCCCUUGCGAAGGAGUGGAGGGCGGCGACCUUGAGGGACAACAUGGAGACACGGGUCACUUUUGACAGUGUUAUCAAUCUGCUAGAACAUCAUCUUACCACCCUUCAGGAUGACGAGGAGCGUGCAUCCACGACCGAGGAUCUCAAGAAAUCUGCUGAAGAACUCGCUCGAUGUAUGAACAAGCGGACUGCAGAAGCAGGCUCAUCUAGUAUCUCUAUGCCACAAUUGGCCAAGCGGAAGAAGCAUGACUCGGAGACAGCUGACUGGGAGAGUGACUUAGACGGCUCGGUGACUGAGGCGAUGGUGGCCUCAAAUGACUCACAUCAAGUUUAUGGCUUGGACUGA